ACCCAACCUCUCUGUCUCUCUCUCAAAUUCGACCCAAAUUCUCGUCGACAUGUCCGUACGGAGCGGGUUCCUCCGCACCGAUUCGCGCUGCUUCGUCGCCGGACCGUACGGCUGCUGCGACAUUGCUGCGGCCACCGGGCAGUAAAAGUGCUGGCGCUCGGUGAGUGAUUCUCCGAUUCUAGUGGUUAUUGUGGCGGAAGCUGGUCUGUUCACGAUUUCUGUGCCUUACAUGGCGAGAUCGUCGUGAAUUUGGAGCAGGUUUUCUCGUGGGUUGACAGUUUUUGUGUGGGGAAGGAUGAGGGACGGUUUGAGAUCCGGCAAGUUGCGGGCGAAACCAGAGAAAGGUGAGCUUGUGUCCGGAAAAAUGCUUGUUCAGAAGAAGCUGGUCAACACGAUGCCUAAAGGUACUGACUUGGGCGAUGAGAAAACGCCAGCUUUGGCAUCCGACAAUGGGGAGGCAUGUGAGGAGUCAUCAGUCCCAUUGGAAGAUGGAACCAUAGUGAGUGACAAGAUGGUGAUUCCGGGGAGCAAAUGUGGUGAAGUUGUGUUGACAGGUGAGGGUCUGUGCAACGGUGCACUGGAGGAUAGCAGGAAAAGGAGUUGGGAAAGUUGUGGAGAAGGGACUCAGUGUCAUGAGCCGAUUAAGAAAAUUUUGAAGGAGGAAGCUUUAGACGGUGGAGUGCACUUUGUAGCACGAGUUUUGCGGUCACGGACUGUUAUCAGUAGUGUGGUCGGGAAAGUAGGAGCAAAGGCCGAGAAGAGAGCUGCUGAGCUUUUGCAAAAGAGAAGAGAAGGUCCUGGGUUUCAGAUCGUUACUGCACAGGCUGAAGAGGAUCGGGUUUCUAAUUUGGUUGAGCCAUCUUUUCAGAAGUUGAAGCGGAAGCGUGGCAGGCCACCUAAGUUGCUUGGAAAGAAAAAAGGAAAGGUUCUUGGAUUGAGAAAAAAUGAAAGGAUUUCAAAAACCAAACAUAGUGUGAAGCAGACUUCUCUUGUCAGUAGUUCAAACAGAGGUAGGAGAUCAAACGGGAAUAGAUAUAAGGUAAAGAGGACAUCACCAGCUAAAAAGGGAAAACAUGUGGACUUAGAAGUGGGUGAAAAUCUGCCUUCAUCAGGGCCGAGUUUGAAGUUAGAGAAAAGUAGUUGUAAUGAGCAUAUUGUGACCAAAGGACGGAAACGGAAAAAAGAUGGAGAAGUAGGACUGAGUAGACGUGAGCAGAAGGGUUUAGUGAGAGACCGAGUAGUUGAGUUGCUUAUGAGCGCAGGUUGGACUAUUGAAUACAGGCCUAGGCAAAAUAGAGAAUACAACGAUGCUGUUUACUUGAGCCCUGAUGGAAAAACUCACUGGUCGGUGACUCUGGCUUAUAAUGUUCUUAAAAUGCGUUAUGAGGCUGGCGAUGCUGAAUCUAAGGCUUACAAGACUGGCUUUGUGUUCUCACCUAUACCAGAGGAAGAACUUAGUAUACUAAACAAGGUAAUCACAAAGAAAAGGGUGGGAAAGAAGAAGGCCAGUAGUAAAAUUGCUGGAGCAAUCAAGAAGAAGAAGCACAAAGGAAAACUCAGAUUUGGUGCAAGUGCAAAUAAACAAUCCCAAGGAAAACGUAAAGGAAAAACUUUGCUAUCUGGGAAGGAAAACAUGAGUGGUGCAACUAGAAAAGGAACACCAUUGUUGAUUGGGACUCGCAAACGACGAGAGACUCAAGACAGAAAGAGAUUUGCUCUGUUGGUCCGCAAUUCUGACGGGACGCAACCAGAUUCUGAAAAUUAUGUUCUAUACAGUGGCAAACGGACUAUAUUAGCAUGGAUGAUUGAUCUGGGCACUGUCCUAGAUAAAGGAAAGGUCCAGUAUUGGCAUCCGGAAAAGACGCUAGCAAAGCUUGGGGGUACAAUCACAAGAGAUGGUAUUCGUUGUGAUUGCUGUGGUGAGGUGAUCACAGUUUCUGAAUUUGAAGCUCAUGCAGGCAGCAAGCUUCGCCAGCCACUUGAAAACAUAUAUUUGGAGAAUGGAAUGUCUAUGUUGCAGUGCCAGCUGGACUCUUGGAAAAAGCAGGAGGAAACUGGGCAGAAACGGUUCCAUUUUAUAGAUGUUGGUGGAGACGAUCCUAAUGAUGACACUUGUGGCAUCUGUGGAGAUGGAGGGAACUUGGUUUGCUGCGAUGGUUGCCCAUCAACUUUUCAUCAAAGCUGUAUAGAUAUACAAAAGUUUCCUUCAGGUGAUUGGCAUUGUUUAUAUUGCUCCUGCAAAUACUGUGGAACAAUUGGUGAGAGUACAAGAGAAAAGGAUAGUGAUGAAGAUACAACAUCUUCUGCAUUAUUCAAAUGCCAGUUAUGCGAGGAAAAAUAUCACAGCACAUGUGUACUUGCCGAGGAUGCAGUUGAGGGUGUUCAGAUCUUGUCUUCCUUUUGUGGCAAGAGCUGUCAGAAACUGUAUGAAGAUAUUGGGAUGCUUCUCGGUGUGAAACAUGAACUGGGGGAAGGAUAUUCAUUUACGCUUGUGCACCGGUUUUUAAUGGACAUAGACAUCUGUUCCACUGACAUAUCAAGGAAGGUUCAAUGCAAUUCCAAGGUAGCUGUUGCACUGUCCGUAAUGGACGAGUGUUUUUUGCCUGUUUCCGACCACAGAAGUGGGAUCGAUAUGAUCCAUAACAUUCUCUACAAUUGUGGGUCAAAUUUCAGUCGGCUAGAUUUUAGUGGCUUCUAUACAGCAAUUUUAGAGAAGGGGGAAGAGAUGAUAGCUGCAGCAUCAAUCAGGAUCCACGGGAAUCAAUUAGCAGAGAUGCCAUUUAUUGGGACCCGUUAUGCAUAUCGGCGUCGAGGGAUGUGCCGUCGGCUGCUAAAUGCAAUUGAAUCUGUAUUGCGCUCUUUAAAGGUUCGAAAUUUGGUCAUACCUGCAAUUUCAGAACUCAAGGAAACGUGGACCUCUGUAUUCGGGUUUGAGCCAAUGGAUGUGUCACUUAAGAAAAGCUUGAGAAGGAUGAAUAUUGUGGUGUUCCCAGGCGUAGAUAUGUUGCAGAAGCUGUUGUUGAAUCAUGAUAAUGCUGAAGAAAAAGCAGUUCUUCCUAUAGAUCUGAAUGCUACUUGUGAAGAUACUUCUCCAGAUGUGAAUACAAUGGAAGGAACAACUUCUCCUGAUAUUAAUAUGAUGGGAGGAACACCAGCAACAACCCCUGAUGUGCAUGAUAUCAAUGCCGCACCUACUGUUGAUAAAUCUACUCCGUUCUUAGACAGUUCGCCAAAUGAUACAUCUGACAUAACAAGUGACAGUGUUGACAUCUCAGAUUGUUUGGAAGAGAAAAAAGAUUUGGCCCAAUUAGGCGGGCUUUAUGACACUGAAGAGAGGAAUGAUGUCCAUCCCCACAAACUAACUUUAUCUGACAAUUUUGCCCGUGUUUCAGAUGCUGAUCUCAAUCUGGAUGAGGGAAAAGGUUUUGCCGAAUCAGAUGAGUCUCAUGAUACUGCAGAGAGGAAGAAUGUUCACCUGAACACUGCGCCUUCUGCAUCUGACAAUAACACCCAUGUUUCGGAGACUGAUCUCAAUCGGAAUGAAAGAGAACAUUUGGCAAAUGAGAGAAAAGAUUUGGCCCAUUUAGAUGAGCCUUUCGAUUCUGCUGAGAGGAAGAAUGUUCCCGCAAACACCCUGCCUUCUGUAUCUGAGAAUUUUAUUCAUCCUUUACAGACAGAUCUCAAUCAGAAUGAGAGAAAAGAUUUGGCCCAAUUAGAUGAGCCUUAUGAUACUGCAGACAGGAAGACUGUUCCCCUGAGUACUAUGCCUUCUGCAUCUGACAAUUUUACCCAUCUUUCAGAGACUGAUUGCAAUCACAAUGGUAUAUGCGGUUUGCUUCUUCCAAUCUCACAUAUCGCAACUUCGAAAGUGGAUGCCAAACUGCGUGCUGACUCAGGCCAUACAUGUGCAGAAUCUUGCUCUAGCUCUGAUAGAGCAGACUUUGUGGAUCACUUUGCCCUGCAAGAGUGCGCUCAAAUUGUAGACGCUGAUGUUGAUUGCAAAAGUAAUCCCACUGGCGGCUUUCCCACUUCUCACACUGGGCAUUCUGAAGUAAGUUCUGGAGAUGCUGGCGCUGAAAGGCAGGUGUCGGCUUCUGCAAAUGGGUCCACCUGUUCGGAGAGUGAGACAUUUCAUGAUGCAAGGGAUGAUAUGCUGAGCACUUCUGAAUGUCUUUCUGAUUCAGGUGGAAAGAUGCUUUUGGAUGAACUCAAAUCCUGUAAAGGCACGCACCUAGUGAGCUCUGCACCUUCCGAUGGGUGCACACCAUCAACAAGAUCUUGUAAUCAGCUUCUGAAAGUGACGCAUAGCAAUCACUUGAAUGAAGUCUGCCCUUCAGCUGAUGAGAGGUCGAAGGUUGUUGCAAAUGGUGGUUUCGCAGUUCCACCUGUUGACUGCAAUCCUAGUCCUUGUCAAGCUAAUGGAGUGGUUACAUCCCAAGGAUUGGUUGACUCUGAUUGCGUCGAUGUCCGGAAUCAAGAACCUUUUGAGGCUCCCAAGAAUGGCACUGAGAAGCCCCAUUUUCUCUCUCCGACCAGCAAUGGACAUGGGAUAUCCUUUGGGGUCAAGUCAGACUCGAAGAAGCAACCUGUGGACGGUAUCCACUAGUCAAAUCGGCGACUGACAAACUUGACUCUGCUCUCGGUACUUGGAUUUGUGAUAGAUACUGAUUGCCUUUCCAAUUCUUACCCGCUAGCUGACUUUAGUGACCAGGUGCGGCUGCUCACUGUGCGCAUGUACGGUGAUGCCUGAGGUUAUGCCGGGAUGGUGGGAACUUGCUAACCAGCAUAGGUAACGUUCUAAUCUAACUAGAUUUCUUCCUGCUCCUGCCUUAGCAAAGCAGGAGUGAUUCGCGCGAAGGAGCUUAGGUAUUGUAGCAAACUUUCUGAUGCCGUAUGGUGCUCGCCGAGAGCUUUACAAGGACCGUGUCCAUUGAAGGACAAUGAGGGGGUUUUGAUUUCGGAGUGUUAAAAAGAUUCGUGAUUUCUCACAAAGCUGAGUUUUUUAGAGUCACCGAGAGAUGUUAAUGUCAUCCCAUGCGCUCCUGUAGAUAAGAGUGAGAUGCUGUGGUUUAGCUUCUUGGUUGCUAGUGCUGUGCUUGUAGUUGUGGACACAGUGGCUGCUUGGCUCAUGCUUUUGAGUUUUGGAUGCAGCCUGUUUACUGUACAUAGUGAUUUUAAGAGUAGUGCCCGUUACAGAUCCCCCCCGGUUUUCCUUUUUGCACAACCUUUUUUGCUGUACCUGCGAACAGGUCCUCUCUUCUCUUUGCUGCUUCUGUCUCCCAUUACACAGAUCACCUCCAACGACGGUAGAGCGAUGCAGGUGAUG